CCCUAUGAAUUACGCAUUUCAAUAAGUCCUAUGGGUGCAAAAUCACCUGGCGACAACGCUGUCACCCGAAAAAUAAGGGGAACCCCCUUCCAUUGACGUCAUAUUAUGGUUUGUGAUAUAUUUAUCGAUCAAUAUAAUCGUGACAACGCUGUCAAAUAAAAGAAAGGGGAGCCCCCUCCUUCUGACGUCAUGUUACGGUUUGUAAUUUCUCUUUCCACAGCCGGCAGCAUCAUAGUGAAAUAAUAUAAAUGUAUAUAGAAAAAAUUCCCUUUUCUUUCAAUUCUGUGUGCCUAUUUAUCGCAUAUUUAUCUAUGUGCCUAGUUAUAGCAAAUUACAUGAGCAGAUUUCAGAUUUUCCGGUUGUCUACAGUUUUCCAAAUCAGACGGUCUAUCAAACGACUUCCUUAGAAUCUGUUUCAGAAAUAGCUCUCCGAAUACGCCGGCAGAUGACGAAUUAUCUAUGCUUGUGUCGUUGAAACACUUCAUGGAAUAUUCGGAAGCGUAUCCAAUGUUCGCUGACGCACCUAUGAAACUGAAAGAGGGCGCUUUCAAGACUAUUUUGGGUUGGAUACGCACAUGCAGCUUUCAGAUUUUCCCAAAACACUAAUAGGAACUCUUUAAGCACGGGUAGUAUAUAGAAAAGUUGCACCACCCGGUAAUCUAGAGGGUUAUUAUUACGUUCAAAUGAUUACAGCUAUUGGGUGACAUAGAUUUCCAGCACCGAGUAGUUGUUGCUGCUGAAUUUGAACGGAAACUCAAAGAUGAAAGGAGACAAGUGAAAAAAGUUGGAUGAUGAACCUCAAAUCAGAAGAAUACACUUGUGGACGCUUUAGUGAGACUCACUUCACCGAGUAAAUUAUGGUUGUCACAAUCGACGAAAUGGUGGAUACAAAAUUCGUAGACAAAGUAGACAAGAGGCUUAAAUGCCCGAUCUGUAACAGGGUUUUUGAUGAGCCCUGGCAGACAUCAUGUGGACAUCGAUUUUGCAAGGAUUGUCUGGAACAUCUCUUAGGACAAGAAAACCCAGGAUGUACGAUAGAUGGUGAAUCGAUUUCGAGACAGCAGUCUUUAAGGGAUAAAUGCUGCGAGAGAGAAGUUCUAAAUCUCCAGUGUUUCUGCCGAUUUAAUAAAAAGGGAUGCGAAUGGAAAGGAGAGCUCCGACACCUGCAUGCACACGAAGAUAGCUGCCAGCACGGUGCUGUUAAAUGUCAAGCGUGUGGUGAUAAUGUGGAGAGAAGACACCUCGAGGCGCACAGGGAGCAUGAUUGCAUCAACAGAGCUGUGGCGUGCACGUACUGUGGUGGUAAAGUACGGCAUAGUAAUAUGAAGGACCAUUUAGAAGUCUGCCCUAAGUUUCCUAUCCAGUGCAUCUUAAACUGUGGCGAAGAAGGUAUACCAAGAGACACGAUGCAAGAACACGUGACCACACAAUGUCUCGAAGCUGAACAUCUUUGUCUUUUCAGUAUUCAUGGCUGUGAAUUUAAGGGCACCAAAAGAACAAUUGAUCAACACAUUGCGGAGAAUAUGGAGUCUCAUUUGAAAAUGAUGAACUACUCGAGCCAUGAAUGUAACGAGAAAUCAAAACAGAUGGAAGAGAAGAUAGGUUGUCUUGAACAAGAGAAAACUGCUUUGGAGCAUCAACUACAAAAUCAAGCAGCGGAGCUGGCAGCAGCAAGACAAAACAUACAAACGCAACAGACAAAGUUGUCCAUGGUCGAAAACUCCAUGAUCGAACAAAAGAGGACCACUGAGAAACUGCUUGGUAAUUUGAAGGUUUUUGAGGCAUCUAGAACUAAAGGGGAUCUUGUCUCUUCUCAGAUGGAAGAAAUAAUGAACACGUUGCGAGAACACGAGAGGAAGGUGAGCAGUCUACACGGUGAAGUGGCCCGUUUGAAAUUAUCCCCUGCCAAUCCGAAAGGUGCUAGUGAUUACAGUCCAAACUCCGCCGUGUCUCUCACUCGUGAGUCCGAGCGCCGACUGGAAAGAAAUGAGCACCAACUAGCACUGCACGACAUUCAACUAUCCGAUCAUGAUAUGCAGAUUCAAAUGCUGGAAGCUACGUCUUAUAAUGGCACUUACUUUUGGAAGAUCGACCGCUACAGCCAACGCUUCCAAGAGGCUGUCGCUGGAAAGACUUUAUCUAUUUACAGCCCUCCUUUUUAUGUCGGACGAUUUGGAUAUAAAGUUUGUGCUCGUCUCUACCCAAAUGGAGACGGCUUUGGCAAAGGAACACAUAUGUCCAUGUUCUUCGUUGUCAUGAGAGGUGAAUACGAUGCUUUAUUACCUUGGCCGUUUCUCCAAAAGGUCCACUUUCGAUUGAUAGACCAGGAUAGGAUUCGGGACACGUAUGACGCCUUUCGCCCCGAGCCUAACAGCUCAAGCUUUAAAAGACCCACAUCAGACAUGAACAUAGCAUCUGGAUGCCCCACAUUCAUUUCCCAUAUGGAAAUGAGACAAGGUGGCUAUAUUCGGAACGAUACAAUGUUUGUCAAGAUAACUGUGGAUACCACUGGUCUGCAAGGAGAUAUGUGGCAAUAAAUGGACGCAGGAACAGACAGUAUUCAGGACUGACAUUUUUCGUGGUGUAGUAGGUCAAAUUCUCUUAAUCGUGUGUGACAGUCGUAUGAUGCAUUUUUGUGUGUUACAUAUUGCACAUCUUGGAUCUGUUAUUUAUUUCGUCAAAAACCAAGCUCCCCUGUCAAUCUUAAAAUAUUUUAAAAUUCACCAAGAAAAAAUACAAGUUGGCUUCAAGGGACUUGCGAAAAUUGCUCGGCGUAUAAGACCAUGAAUAAGUACGAGAAAUUAAAGAAUAUUUACAAGGUGUAUUUGAAAUGCAAAAGAGAGAGUAUUUAACUAGAACAAAAAAGUUUAUUGGUGAAUCGUAAGAAAUAUUUUCAACUUCAAAGACCAAAAAUUUAGUUAUUACAGCUGCGGUCAAAAUGGAAAAAUGAAAAACUGUCAGACAUGAUGUAAUAUUUAGAGGUGUAUCUUAAAAGGCACAAGACUGAUUACUUAAAUGAUGAAAGAAAAUUUUAUUGAAGCGUAAAGAAACAUUUUCAACUCAAAGUCCAAAAAUAUGUUUGUUGCAGCUGUCAAAACACUUCUAAUAAAACUGCAUUUGUUUUGGGAGCACGAGGAACGAUCUAACACCAAAAUAUGUGCUUUACGGUUACUUUUUUCUUACAGAAAAAAAGCGUGUCUAAAAUUGUAUUUUGAAGACAAAAAUUCGUAAUAUUCAAGAAUGGAACAAUAUAACUGGAUAGAAAUUGAUAUUUUUAAUCUCAACUGUCAUGAGCAGCCUAUAUAUUAUAUAUUUUAUAUGACUUUUACAUAAUGUUGAUGUUAUAUUUAUAAAAUAGUAUUUUUAUUUAUCUUAUAAAUAUUUAGAUGGAAAA